AUGCGCACGGGUAUAACGAGCGAAUCCUCGAGCCAGCCGACAAAUAACAAUCCAGGCGAAGAUUCCUCUCCCAGAGCUAGGUCUCCCUCGCCAGGUCCAUUUAGCCACCUCCCGCCACCAGAGCAAACGGAGCCUUUUCCAGCUUUCGAAGAAGACGAGAAAGAAACGGUACCCUAUAAACUCGACCACUGCACCCAACACUGCAGGCGCCCCAUCUGCCGCAGAGUGACCCGUGGCAAUGAGAGGAGAAGCGUAGAUCCGGGAGCCUGUCUAUGCUUUCUCGAGCCACCCCCUGUAACAGAGGCGACAAAUCAGGUACUGAUAAAGCCAUUUUCCGAAGAAGACAUUGCCGUCGUGCAAGCCACUUACGAACGCACCGACAAACAAGACUUCAUCAUUGUCAAUCUGGGGACUUCUAUGACCCUUGUAGACAUGCUGCGUCCAUCAUUCCACUUGGAUCUAUGCUCACGUCUGCAAUGGGAUCCAGACUUCACAACGGAUGUCCUGGUCCACAGCAGUUACUACUCUGCCGCUCUCCAGUCCGCCAACGACCUCGUCGAAAAGGUGUUUGUCCAUCUCAUGAUACUGCUGGGUCCAGUGCCGAACCACACGCGGUAUAUCACGGUGCAGGAACUGGAGCAGACGAUGCAGUCAGUGAUGCGACUGGAGUUCUUUUGGUGGCAGGCACUGUGGUGUUUUAAGCAGGAGGAGCGAAUACCAAAGGAUGAGGACUGCCAUGUUAGGAGGAUGAUGAAGGACGGGUUUGUUCGUGCGAGACGGCGCUAUAUCUGCAGAAAGCAGAGUAUGGGGAUUCAGGUGAUGAUGGAGAAGUUGGAGGAUAUCGUGGAGAUGGUGGUUAGUGUGUUGGUGUGGUGGAGUGAAUAUAUGCGCCAAUGGGCAGAAGAUAUUGUGGACGCUGAGUCGAUAGGGCUGGAUUCGAGCGUUGCGUCUUUUGUUUCGGCGCUGAGUCAUUUUGCAAGCGACGAAAGCGAUACCGAUGGCGGAUAUAUGGAGAAUGUUUGA